CGGACUGGCCCUGGUUAGGGUUUUCAGGAAACAUGGAAGCGGCGGCGACUGUUGGAAUUUAAGCACUUUUGUGACGGUCUUCGGGUGCCCUGUGAGAGGAAAGGGGAGGAUGCCACUGGAAUCAUCUUCCUCUUCGAUGCCACUCUCCAUCCCUUCUUCCUUACCCUCAGUACCAGACAGUAUUACUAACUCUUCCCCUCCCCCAAUGUCUUACAUCACUUCCCAGGAGAUGAAGUGUAUUCUUCACUGGUUUGCCAGUUGGUCAAGUCCACAGCGUGAACGUUUCCUACAGGACCUGGUAGCUAAGGCAGUGCCAGGAAAAUUACAGCCACUGCUGGAAGGGCUGGAGCAGCUUAGUGUUUCUGGAGCAAACCGACCACCUUGUAUCUUUGAGUGCCAGCUACGUCUUUGGGAUCAGUGGUUUCGAGGUUGGGCUGAGCAAGAGUGCAAUGAUUUUGUCAGGCAGCUGGAGGUCAGUGAGCCAGAAUUCGUGGCAAAGUUUUACCAGGCAGUGGCUGCUACGGCUGGUAAAGACUGAUGGGCAUUACAAAGAAGAUAAUCACAGCUGAUGGAGUCGCAACUUUACUGUGAGAACUUCAAAUGUGUCACUUAAAGGUCUAGGGAUGGUAUCCUGAUCAGCUGACUGAACUUGUUGACCAGUACAGGCUUGAUUAUUUCUUUGGGGGUGGGGAGGGGCAGAGGGAGAGGGAGAGAGAGAAUCUU